AUGGUUAAGGCUUACUUUAAGUUUGGGUUCACGUGCGCUUGUGGAAUUCCAAAAGUCACACUUGAAGUGAUUUGGAAAUUAGUAGAGACUUGCCGUGGUGGAGUUGGUGAAGAGUUUUGGAAUAAGGUUAUGAUUAUGAGAUUGUAUGGUUCUGGAGGAGAGGCUAUAGUUACAGGAUGGAUUUCAGCUUUCUUUCCUUAUGAUCGUACAGGACAAGCUUUACAUUCUAAUUCUAUAGACCGUGCUGAUAUUCCAGACGGUGUAGUAGAGGUUCCGUUUACUGUUUAUAUUGGGCCUUCUUUUUCUUUGAAAUUUAUAACUGGAUUUAUUGGAUCUAAUCAAGAAAUUAAAAAUUUGGGUAGUGAUCCUGUGAUUGGGUGGGCUGUUAUUGAUAAUGUGAAAGAUUCUUCUAAAUCUGAAAAUUUUUUAAAAAAUUUAUUUUUACAAAUUAAGCGAUUUUCAUAUAGCUGUCUGAUGAAUGAUAAUAAGUGCAACAUCUGUAAGAAACCUACCAAACGUUGUUGUUCGAGAUGUAAACAAAUAUAUUACUGCUCUAAAGAAUGUCAAAAAAAUGACUGGAAAACACAUAAAAAAUAUUGUGAAAAUUCGUCAACUGUUAUCAAAACAAUUGAAGUCACUAAUGAUACGAAAGUAGAAGCGUCAAAUCCUACUUAUUUUAUGGAUUUUAAUUUGGACCCAAUCUGGUUAAAAAUAGCAAUAAUUGGUGAUAGUGAUGUUGGAAAAACAACCCUUGCUCGUCGUGCUUUUUAUUCUUCUAGUAUGUAUUAUCAACAGUUUUAUUUCCCUUUAGCACCUUUUGAUUGGUAUCCAAAAUGUCAUUACUUCGUUUAUUCAAUAUAUGAUACAACCGGUCAUUUUGAGCUCGGGAAACUUGAUCGUGAGAUCGAAUAUAAAGAUACUGGCGCAAUUAUUCUAUGCUUUGCAUUAGAUGAUCCACAAACAUUAACUAAUAUCGAGAAAGUAUGGAUUCCUGACAUUAAAAGAAAUUUUCCAUAUAAGAUGCCACCUUUAUUAUUGGUUGGGAAUAAUAAACAAAUACAUGACUCGAUACCGAUUAUCGAUUAUGAGGAUUUUACUUAUGCUAAAUUUUUCAAAAGUGUUGAAGAAGAAAGGAAUAGAAAAAAUAGGGGUAAAGAAUUUGUAAGUAGAGAACAGGCAGAAGAAGUUUCAAACCGGAUUGGGGCUAUUGAGUAUAUGCAAGUUAAUCCAAUGAAUGAGAAAAAUUGUAAUAAAGUAUUUGAUAAAAUUUCUCUGGCUUGUGUUCCAAAAGUGAGAAAACUACAUAAUGAGAAUGAUCCCUUUGCUGAAACGAAGAUUAAUCAAGAAUCAAGUGCGAAUAAUUCCUUUGCUGAAACGAAAAUUAAUCAAGAAUCAAAUGCGAAUGAUCCCUUUGCUGAAACGAAGAUUAAUCAAGAAUCAAACUUGAAUUUGCAGUGCUAG